AUGGCGCUGCAAAUUCUCUCUGACGUCCAUCUGGAGGCUCCGAAAGCAUACGACAUCUUCGAAAUCACCCCGAAAGCACCUUAUCUUGCGCUCAUCAGAGAUAUUGGCAACGUCGUAUCGCACAAGGGCGAUUUCACCGCUUUCUUGAAGCGGAAAUCUAGACAGUUCCGUGCGGUGCUAUUCGUACCCGGCAACCACGAAGCCUACCAUUCUGAUUGGGCCACGACCAUCGAUUUGCUUCGCGCCUUCGAUCUCUUCUCUUCGAUCCCACCUGAAAAGGAACAGGCGGUCAGCUUCGGCCUCAACGACUUCUUCCAAAUCGACAGCUGGGAUGUUCAAGCGCAUAAUGAGGCACACUUGCGGGCUAUUGCCUGGCUCAAUGCCGAAGUCGCUCAUCUGGAGCAAUUGGACACGACAACUAUCGUCCUCUCGCAUUGGAGUCCAUCCACUGACGUUCGCUCGGUCGAUCCCAGGCAUAGCGCGAGUCCAAUCAGCAGUGGCUUCUCGACGGAUCUGUCUAGCCAGCCAUGCUUCCAAAACAAGAAUUUCAAAGUUUGGGCGUUCGGUCACACUCAUUACAAUUGCGAUUUCAUGGCGGAUCGGCGACGCGACGCUGGACCUCUUAGGUUACUCACGAACCGGAGGGACUACUUCGCGCAAGCGGACGGGCUCGACCGCGAGGAGAUUGUCGCCCUAGGAUCACUAUCUGGUUGA